UAUAUUUAAGAAUUUUUAAUAAAAAUCUUACCUCAUCUUUGUGACUCAAAAAAAUCGAGAUGCGUGCGCUUUUUAUUUGUACCAUUUUAGGCAUUUGUUUCGCUGUCGUGUCCGCUAUUAAAUGCUACAACUGUGACUCGCUGCACGACCCACGAUGCAAUCAAUAUUUCUCACCGGAGGGCGUUGAACAGGUUGACUGUGAUGAACUUGAAAUGCCGAAAUAUUUGGAAAAAUAUGAACGCCGCCUACCAGCCACAGGAUGCAUGACAAAAAUUCAUGAAGGCGUUGAAGGUUAUCGAUUUUUUAUACGUCGUACCUGUUAUUACGGUGAUAUAGAUAAUACUGAAGAAGCAUGCGAAGCUGAGGAUCCUUAUGUGUUUUUCAGAGACACUUUAUCAUGUGAUGUGUGUAAUGAUGAUCUAUGUAACACAAAUACUGCAACAAAAACAUCCGCUGGUGCAAUGGCUGUGAUUAUUACUAUUUUUGGAACUUAUUUAUUAGGCUUAUAAAAAAUGAACCUCAAAAGAUUUAAAAAUAAUUUUUAAAUUUCUCUACCAAUUAAAAAUGCU